AUGUACGACGAUGAUCUCGUCAGCAUCAGGUGCUCACCCUCCAUGCCGUCGCUCGACUCGAGGCAAGAGUACCACUAUGAGAUGCCGGACAUGGACCCACCGAUUGGGCCUAGUAUGGCGAUGCAUCUCCUCGCGAGUCCGGACCACGCCCACGUCCUACCUAUUCUGCUGAGGCGCAUCCCUAUCCGACGCAACCGCAAGCUCUCGCCGUGUCCCGUCAAGGGCGUCUCGAUCGGCUGGGGCGUCCAGUUCGUAGGGGGAGCGUACCGCCUUGCUCCGGACGCAUCAGAAUGGGAAACCAUGGAUCGCCUGGGAAUGGGAUACAAGACGGACUUGGACGACGAAGACCCUGUGGCAUUCCUGAAGAAUCACACAAUCAGAAACCUGUGCGCAUUCACAGGAAGCCAUAAUGACCAACGCCACAAAUCCUCUGCGCAUCGCAGCCGUUCUCUUCCCAGCACAGCCUUGACGGUUCUCGACCUCUUCGGACCACUCAAUGCGCUGAAAUACCUUGGCAUCACGAAGCCCAUGACUAUGUCCCUGCUCGCCACUGACAUGAAACCCCAACCGUCAGCAUAG